AUGCCAGGCAUUAGGAUGGGACAGGAAGACCUGGCCUGCUCAGCACAUCGACGCAGGUAUUUGCUGACUCUGGCUACUAGUCUUUUGCUCACCUAUUGGCCAGAGCUUACUGUGUCAAGUAAACACAAAUCAACCUUGCCUUCUCAUGUAGCCUCAGCGUUCCAAGAGCCACAUAGUUCUAGUGGAUCUAUGACUUCAGAGGUCAGACCAACACCCAAGACAAGCACAAGAAGGUUGAACACAAGCACAACAGUGACUGCUUCAACAUUCCAUUGGAGAAGUAGCAUCCCUUCAAAGCUGGCCACUCUGAAAGGCACAAGAAACUCAAAGAAAGCAGUGAACAUUAUGAAUGCUACCAGUUCUACUCCCAAUGUAUGGUUUGAGCCAGUUUUCCUUAAAACCACAUUGUCCACGAUGGUGCCUGAAACAACAGGGAAGAAUACAGGUUUUCCUUCAAUGACUACAUCUAAUUUUACCAGGACUGAGACACAUAACGGAGUUGUAUUAAAUAGUACUCUUCCAUCAGACACAUCUACCACUGUAACUAUGGCAGAAACUAACAUAACUGAGGUGAUUUCAACCACAGAGCAUAAUCCUAAUCAUACUAAAGUGCCCCUUACUAAUUCUGUUCUUGUAUCCAGAACAGAAUCCACAACUAACAGCAUUUCCUAUCCAACCACUAACCAGCCAAUCAAACAAGAAGCCUCCUCCACUGGAAUGCCCACUGGGCGCCCAAACUCCAUAAUGAGCAGUGAAAUUACUACUAGUCAUAUAGAACAUUUUGUGGUGACCCCAAAUAUGGUUAUAUCUCAAGACACAUCAGCAACUACCUCAGGGUCAGGAAUGCACUCCAGUGUAUCUCAGAAUUAUUCAUUGUUAGAGAUAUUCACUCCUCUAAGCAAAAGUUACAAAGCCCCAUCCAGGACAAAUUCAUCACCACUGGAAGGAAUCAGUCCUGAAAGUUCCUGGAACACUACAGUCAGAACAAGUUCUUCAUCACCUGUUAGUUUCACAUCACAAAGACAUCUACCUAUUACUCAUCAUACUACCAAACAAGGUUGGGCCACAACUCGAAUACAAUCUAGCACACGUGAAGAAAUGGAUUUAAUUACAGGGAAUAGUCCUAACCAUACUGAAGUGCCUAUGAAUUUUUCUCUUCUUGAACUUUCAACAAAAGACAUGUUUACUGGAAACACAUCUUUUACAACACUACCUGAGUCAAUAUCAGAAGAUAUUUCUUUUGGACUCACCACUGGGACUCCUAGUUCCAACAUCACUGCAAAAUUACAACAGUUGACAAAUAGUCACACUGGACAUUUUAUGGUAACCUCAAGCAUGGUAACUUCUGAAAACCCAUCAACCUCUGCCUCAUUCAACAUCACUAACUCCAGUAGGGUUCAUACAUUUCUACAUUCAGAAGCCAUGGAUCCUCCCAAAAAUAAUAUUUCAAAACCAGAGACACAUAAUCCUUGGGAACAAUCUGUGUUUGCAGAUUCCAUAACAAUGGCACAUGAAUCACAUUCACCUUCUGUUAUUUCUUCCAUGAUAGACAAACACAGGACAUCAUCUACUGGUUCUGUUGACUAUGUCAUUACAGUCUCUAAGGACAUAAUCCCAAUAAACUUGCCCAAAAGCUCUGAAGCUGUGAUUUCCUCAAUACAAAGCUUGAAUAGCAGUCCUCAGAAAAGUUUCAACAUUGCACAAGUGUCCAAAAUCUCACAGAUGACCACUGUUUCCUCAGUUCCAAAAGGAAACAAGAAAAAUGGGAGCUCAACAGCCCAACUCCAAAAAACCAUUACCCCUAUACCAGUCUUAUCUAAACAUGAAUAUUUCACAACAAUUCUGGGCAGAUCUGAAGACACCACAUUUUCAUCUCCACAGUCAAUUUCCUUUGCAACAGCAGAGAUUGGAAAACAGACAGCUUCUUCCUUGAACAGAGCAUGGAAAAAUUCCAGUAAAUCUGAAAACAUACAGUCAACUAGAGAACACAGAACUAAUGUACCCACUACUCCUUCCCUUGUCAUAUCUGUGACAAAAGAUAUAUCUUCUGGCAGAACAUUCCUUUCUAAGUUGCACAACUCAAUAUCAGAGGACAAUUCCACUGGAAUGUCUACCAAGUACUUAAGAUCUACAACCACCACAGAAUCAGAAGAGACUACAACCAGCCCCAGGGAACAUGCCGUGGUGACAUCAAACAUGGUAACUUCCAAAGAUCUAUCAACCAUUUCUUCAAACUCAGAGAUUGAACACAAUGGGACACAGACAUUUACACUUUCAGAACUCAUGGAUAAUUCUACCAACAUCAACCCUGCAACCACAUCAAGGACUCGUUCAGUUUUGGAAGGAUACAUGUCUACAAGUUCAACAAGACCUACAAAUGAGGCACCCUCACAUUCUCCAGUUCCUGCCAAUGUAAGCAGAUAUAGCACCUCCUCUUUUGUUUCUGCCUCAAUUGUAACAAUUUCUAAGGACCAAAACCCUACUAGAUUAUAUAUGUCCCCAAAAUCAGUGAGCUCUUCCAUACCAAGCUCCAACAGUGCCCAACUCUCCAAAAUCUCACAGACAACCUCUGUUUCCACACUCACGCUAGUGGAAGGCAUGAAAGAUAGCACUUACAAACAUGCUAUCACACCUUUAUCAGUUUCACUUGAAAAGGAGUCUUUUACAACUAUUCUGCCAACCAUGGAACAAGCCAAACUUUUACCUUCACAGUCAGUCUCAACUGAAAGCACAGAGAUUGAGACAAGUAUAUCUUUCCCAUUGAGGACAGCGUGGACAGAUUUCAGUACAUCUGAAGACAUAAACACAACCAGAGAAUACAAUACUAACCAUAUUGAAUUUUCCACUAGCCCUUCUCCUUUUGAAUAUAGGACAGGAGUCAUGUCUGUGGAUAGCAUAUCCCCUUCAGACCUUCAGUCAACAUCGCAAGCUACUUCCAGUGGAACCUCCAUCAAUCUCCCCAUUUCUACUAUCAGUGCAAAGUCAGAAGAGAUGAAAAGCAGACCCAUAGGAAAUUCUCUGGUUAUCUCAGAUAUUUUGACUUAUCCAGAUACCUCAACCAGUGUCUCAGUCAAGAGUACCCACUCCAGUGGGGCACAUACAUUUCCACAUUCAGAAUUCAUGGCUUCUUUCCAGAAUUCUGCUUCAGCAUCAUGGACACUUACCCCUGAGAAAGGGUCCAUGUCUAUAGAUUCCACAAAAUCACAAGGGUCACUUUCACUGACCUCUGAUACUUACUUGCAACACACUCACAGUAGUCACUCUCCCACAAUUUCUAAGGAUUCAAUCCCAACAGAUUCAUACACAAGUUCAGGCCCUGUGCCUGUUCAGGUUCCAAGCUGGAGCAGCAGCUCUCAGUCAAGCUCAAACACUGUUCAUGAUUCUCAAACAUCACAGAUGAAUGCAUUUUCCACAGUCACACCAGGGUCAAACAUGGGAGCCAACCUUUCUAUACCUGAAUUCCAAUACACCACCACAUCUCUAUCAGUGCCAACUGAAAAGAAAACUUUCCCCACUAACCUAACUACAGAAGUAUACACACUUACACCUACACAAUCAACAUCAUAUGAAAAUACAAACAUAGGCACACAGACAAUUACCCUCCUGACCACACUGACACAAGCUAACACACCUGAGAAACUGCACUUAAGUACAGAUUUCAUUAGAAGUUCUUCUGAAGUACCUAAUAGUUCCUCUACUCUUAUAUCAAGUACAAUACCCAUGUCUCCUGAUAACACAAUACUCCCAACCCUUCAGCAUUUUACACCAGAACAUACCAAGUUUACAUCAGAAGAUAAGACCAAUGGACUUUCCACCAGCAGGAUCACAGAAGCAAAAGAAAUCUCUACAAACCAUAUUAGGGAUUCUAAUGUGACCUCAAACAUUGCCCUCUCCUUAGAAACACCAAUCAUGUCAUCAGAAUCAGAAAAUUUCAUGAGUUUCAGUCGAGCCUCUACAAUCACAGAGACAUCUAUACUUCUAAGCCAAAGUCAUGAAAUCCCAUCAAUUGCAACAUCUUCAACUUCUCUAGGAUAUCUUGAUGAAUCCUUCUUAACAUCCUCUGUUACAUCCACAGGAGAAAAUAGCACCUCCUCUCCUGACUCUGUUGUCUCAGUCUUUACCUCCUCUAAGGAGGCAAUUCCAAGCAGGUUGGAUAAACAGUUACAUAAUUUGUCCACUUCAUUUCCAAAUUGGACCACUAAUACACAUUCAACCCAAGAGACUUCCCAGGUUACAAACUUUUUACAGAGAAACUCUACUUCCUCUGUUAAAUCAGAAAUAAUUAUGGAAGUGAGCAGUUCCAUACCCCAAUCCAAAUCUUCUAUUGCUCCUGCAUCAGUUCCAACUAAAACUAUAUUUUCAACCAUGUUUAAGCAUCCCUUGAUGGGCACUACAGUUUCUAUUACACAGCCAACAUUCUCUCAGGCCUCUGAAACUCUGACUGAGACAACAUCUUCCCUAAGCCAAUCACUUCCCCAAACUACUACUCUCGAAGAGACCACUUUUCCCACAACACAUCAAACUGCCUUUUCUCAAUUAACCCCUAACAUGUCUACUAGUUUUUCUAUUUCAGAAUCAAUUAGAACUGGCACAAUCACCACAAGAAGCCCUCUUUAUUCCUCAGAAUCAAAAGACAUUACUCCUGGAAGCAUUCCCAGACUCAUUACCUACCCUAGCACAGAAGGACACAUAGAGUUAACCUCAAUCUUUGGAGCAGCUACUUCUGGAUAUUUCCUAAAUGAUACCCUAUCCAGGGAUACUGCAACCACUGUUCCUAUGACAGAAUUUUCUUCACCUGAGUCUCAAACAUCUCCACAUGUACCCUGGAUAUCUGAAUCUAGCACUUUUGAGGAACAGUCACAAACAAGUUCUUUAUCCAAAGGAAAACAUACCUCUGCAGAUCCUACAUCAACUAUGAUGGUGAAAACCACACUUUCACCAGUUACUUCUACCUCUCAAGGACAAAAUGUCUCCUCCCUUGAUUUUGUGACUGCACCAGUAACUUCUAUUCAUGAGACAAUAUCAAACGGAAAAGAUACAAGUGGUACUUCUGGGAGCACCUCAGUUCAAAAUAUGGAUACUAUAGUGCUUUCAACCACAGGUUCUUCAUAUAACAAGAAAACUUUGCAUACAAGUCAAAUUUCCUCAAAAAAUCCAGGAACAAGAGUAGAAACUGACAGUCCUGGAAUGCAUCCCCAAGGCACUGUGAUAGGUAAUUCAGUUCCAUCAAGAUUAACUGAAAUUAUGGUCUCACAAAGUAAUUGGGACACAACAAUUUCCCCAUUAGUGACCUUAUCUAACUCUAAACAUGCAAAAACUCAGAAAUCACUACCCAUAGCUUCAAUAGAACAGGAAACUACCAGGUCUGAAUAUACUGAUUUAAUAAAAAAAUAUAGUUCUGGUCUUCUUAGAGUGGCCACUAGCACUAUCCCUAGAAUUUCAGGAACAGAAGCUAACUCAACUGAUAAAACAUCCAUUUCAAGCUCUGUAUCCUUUGCAAAGACAACUGACAGCUCAGUGGGAAAUGCCUCCAGUAACUCUACUCUUUUCUUUCCAAGCACUGACAUCAGUCAAGUAAUUAAUGUUGAGGAAUCCUCCAAUAUCACCACUCUUAUGAACACGUCAUAUCCUAUAGCUUAUACUGGGGCUCUCUCUUCUGUAACUCAGAUGGUUUUACAUUCAGACUCAAUCUCCAUUCCCAGCAGUUCUGAGUUACUCUCAUGGACAGACUCUCCACUCCAUGAAGCAACUUCCUCUGUGGAUUCUAUACAAACUAUACAUUCAUCAUUUUUUCCUGCUACUUCUCCAUCAGAAGGACAAGAACUCUUCUUUCCCUCUUCUGGGGAAUCAACUACUGAGGAGUUGGGCACAAACUCAGCUUCCUUUAAAACUUUAUUUCCAAACUGGAGCACCAAUGAGAUAGCCACUUCAAAGGAUGCCCAUACCUCACAAAAAUCUUACAGUUCCACCAGAACUGAAAUAAACCCUGUGGACAUAACCACAUCUGGACCUCAGGCCCAAUACACUGUAGCACCUGAGACUCUUUCAUCAAAUAAUGCUGCCUCUUCCUUGUUGACAAUACCAACCAAGACUUCUGUUUCCCCUCUAUUACCACAGAGCUCAACCUCAACUUCUUUUCCUAAGGUUUCAUUCCUCACUUCUGAAUUGUUUAAGACAACAGAUAUAUUGGGUAGAAGCUUGGAAACUGAAAUAAAUUUGCCUCCAAAUUUGAACAGCACGUCACUUGAAAUAUUGGGCUUAUCUGAGGUAACUACUGAUACAGAAAAACAUCAUUCUUCCUCAAGUUUCACUGUAACCAACAUGAAUACCAUUAGUAUGGGAGAUGAAUUAAGUUCCUCUGAAUCAAUGCCCUCUGAGUCAUCUAGAGACACAGAUACAAUGGGUAUUCCUACCUCUGUAUGGGUGACUACUAUGUCCACAACAUUGCCUAAAAAUUUAGAAACAACAAGCUCUACUACUGACCCAUUUUCUCAUUUGACUUCUGGACUGUGGGACAAUAGCAUAUCCCCAGAAACCAACAAACCUUCAGCUCCUGUGUCUACUCUCCAUUUGCCAAGUUCUGAGACUGAUGCUACUUCUGCUAUGAACAUAUCAACCCCAUAUCAGACUCCAUCUCCAGAGUUCUAUGAAGUUCCAGUAGAAACAGUUUCCAUCUUAAAUCCUUCUUCAUCUAUUGUAAAGUCUACUGAGGUAACAUCCUUCCCAGAGUACAAUUUUACUAGGCCUUCACCAGAAAGUGUCCAUGUUCCAAGAACUGUUAUACAGCCUUCAGCUGAGACCACAUUGAUCGACAUAGGAGCAACACUUUCUCCCACAGAGGAGAUGGCUUUUAUUAGCACAGCCAUCAACCCAAAAGACAGUUCAGCUGUGACUUCCAAGAGUCACCAUUCAAUAAUACAGUCGAGCCAUUUGAUUGCCACCACUGUAAAAACACUUCCUUCUUCAAUUUCAACACCAUUGCCCUAUCCUGCUUCCACUACCACUGACUCCACAGCCAGCUCAUUCCUCCAGAGGAUUACUACUUCUUCAGGAAUAGAAGAUGGAAUGCAGUACUACACAGAUACAUCUAAUGGAGCCAUCCAUGGAGACACUGAAGGCCUGGACAAGGGUCCUCUGGCUUUCACAUCACCUGCUAACCAUAAAGAUCAAGCCACAGAAGGGACAGUAAAAGCAGAUACCUCUGCCACAGCUGUGAAGGCCUCUUCCAUUUUCAUUUCAAACACCAAAAUAUCAACUACAUCUUCAAGACCCCUGACUCACAUAAAGACAUCAGAGAAAACAACCAAUAUCAACACAACGGAGAUGAUUUUCACAGCCUCAGAUGAUUCUCACAACUUACAAGAGAUAGCACCAUCAUUUUCCACAGGCCUUAGAGAAAAUACUAGAAUGGUUGCCAGGACAAGCCCAUCUUUUUACAAGGGAGAACCUUUGACAUCUAUUGAACAAGAAGGCAGAUCAUUUGGUCAAACUAUAGCCAUCUCAUCUAGUAUUUCUGAUAUGACAAAUGUAGAAGGCCACAGUUCUAAGGAUGAUGCAAGAACAUCUAAACCAAUUCUGACUCAUUUGCCUUCUGAGCCACAUAAUACAAUUUCUCUUAUCUCUCAUGCCUGGGGAGAAACUGGUUCACCCAUGUCUACUAUUGCUGUCUCUCCAGAUGUAACAGAAAGAAUGAUGUCACUGGUCACUAGCUCAGGAACAGAAAACCAUGUAAUGACUUCAAAUAUGGGUUUGUCACCAGCAAAACAUGAAACCAUAAACCGAUGGGUCACACAUCCUAGAAGAAAAGUAACUUCAGGGAUUCUAACUACAGCCAUCACACCUAGUGUUACUGACAUGAUGACCUUAACUCUGAAACACUCUUCUUCUGAACCACAGCCCAUAAAAUCAUUGGACACCAAUGCUGGGGGUUAUCCCAGCAAACCCAUGUCUACACAGACUGUCUAUCCAGGUGUAAGAGAGUUGAUGAUAUCACAAGCCACUAAUUAUGGAAGAGAGACACAAAUAACCACUUCAAAUCUGCCUAUUUCUCUUGGUCAAAUAGAGAACACAGCCUCACCUGUGACUAAUGCUGAAAGAGAAGCAACUUCAAUGGCUUUACCAACCACCAUUUCAACUAUUAUUCCAAAAAUGAUGACCUCAACAACAUUUAUGUCUUCUGAACCAGACAUCACAGCUUCAUUGGUCACCCAUAAUGUAGAACAGCAUAGUUCAGACAUGUCUACACUGGCUGCCUCUUCAAGUAUAACCAAAAUGAAUGAAUCAUUGGGCACUACCACAGGCAAAGAAAGCCACUCAGUCAUUACAACUCUGACUAUUUCCCCAGAUAUGCCAAAGACUAAAUCAAUUAACACUAUGUCAAAUGUUCCAGACGCGAUGAUCUCAAAAUCUCAGAAAAAUACUUCUUCUAAUGUACACACCAUAACACCAUUGGGUACCCAUGCUGAGACACAGUCCAGUGUUUCCAUGUCUACUGAGGCCACCUCUCCAAGUAUAACAAAAUCAACAGCAUCCCUAUUCACAAACAUGGGCACAGAAAAUAUUGAAAUAACUUCUCUGCCUAUUUCUUCAGGUCCAAUGGAAAAAAGAGCACCCUCAGUCACCAAACCUGAAAAAGAAGACACUUCUGAGGUCCUAUAUAUCACCAUUUCAUCUAGUGUUCAACAAAUUAUGACCUCACCAACUGUUAUUCCUUCUGAACCACAUACCACAGUUUCAUUGGACACCCAUGUAGUGGGACAACCCAGUUCAGCCAUGUCAAUACUGUCAGCCACUUCAGAUUCAACAAAAAUUAUACCAUCACUGGGCAAAAGACCUAGCACAGAAAACCAUUCAGUGACUUCCACUAUGGAUAUUUCCACAGAUCAACUGGAGACCACAGCCUCAGGAGGCACCCAUAAUGGAAGAGAAAGCAAUUCACUGACACUAUCCACAGUCAUUUCAACUAGUUCUCCAGACAGGAUGACCUCAAAAAAUGAGAAUCAAACUUUUUCUGAUAUACAGACUAUAACAUCAUUAAUCACCCUUGUUGGGGAAGACCACAGUUUAUCUGUGCCUACUCAGGGUAGCUCUCCAGCUAUAAUGAAAGUGACACCAUCAUUAUUAACUGACUUGGGCACAGAAGGCUAUACAAUGACUUCAACUCUGCCUGUUUUUUCAGGUCAACCACACACUAGAACACCCUGGGUCAAACAUGCUGAAAAAGAAGUAAGUGCAAUGGUACUACCUACCACCAGUUCAACAAAUAUUCCAGAAAUUAUGACCUCCCCAACUCCCUCUCCUGAACCACAUACCACAGUUUCAUUAAUCACCCAUGUUGAGGGAGUGCCACGUUUGGCUAUGUCUACACUGCCUGUGUCAGGAGCUAUAACAGAAAACACACCAUCAAAGGUAACUCACCCUGGCAAAGAAGGCCAUUCAGUAACUUCAGCUCUAGAUGUUUCCUGGGAUCAAACAGAAUCCACAGCUCCAUGGGUCCCCCAUCAUGCAAAGCAAGGAACUUUAGAGGUUCUUUCUACGAACAUCUCAACCAGUGCUCCAGAUGUGAUUAUUUCAAUAAAUAAUAAUCAAACAUCUUCUGAUACACAGACCAUAACAUCAAUAAUUACCCAUACUGGGGAACAGCCCAGUUUAUCUGGGUCCACUCAAGAUGUCUCUUCAGCUAUAACAAAAGUGAAACAAUCAAUAUUUAAGGACUUGGGCACAGGAAGCUAUGGAAUGACUUCCACUCUGGCUACUUCUUCACAUCAAUCAGAGACUAGAACCAAAUGGGUCACUCAUUCUAAAAUAGAAGCAACACCAAGAGUCCUACCUGAAAUCAUUUCUUCAAGUGCACCAGAAAUGAUUACCUCACCAACUCCUAUUACUUCUGAACCACAUGCCACAGGUUCAUUAGUCACCAAUGUUGGAGAACAACAGCAUACUGCCAUGUCUACUCUGACUGCCUCUCCAGGUAUAAAAGAAAUCAUACCUUCACAACGAACUCACACUGGCACAGAAAUCCAUUCAGUGGCUUCAGCUCUGGAUGUUUCUGCAGGUCAAGGAGAAUCAACAUCUGUAUGGGUAACACACUCAGAGAAAGAAGUGACUUCAGGGGUUCUUUAUAGAACAAUGUCACCUAAUGCUGCAGACAUGGUGGCAUCAAGAACUCUAAACAAUGCUUCUCCUGAUACACAGACCAUAAUAUCAUUCUUCACCCAUGCUGGGGGAGAGCCCAGUUUAUCUGUGCCUGAUCCCAGUGUCUCUCCUAGGAAAACAGAAGUGACACCAUCACUAUUCACUGACUUGGGUACAGGAAGCUAUGCGAUGACUUCAAUUUUGCCUGCUUCUUCAGGUCAAGCAGAGAUGAGAAUACCAGGGCACACUAACUCUGAUGUGGAAGCCAUUUCUGGAGUUCCAUCUACCACCAUUACAACCAGGGUCUCAGAAAUGAUGGCCUCACCAACUGUUAUUCCUUCAGAACCACAUAACACACUGUCAUUACUAACCCAAGUUGGGAGACAGUCUAGUUCAUCCAUGUAUACUCUUCCUGCCUCUACAGGUAGAACUGAAAUUAUACCAUCACUGGUGACUCACCCUGGCACAGAAAGCCUUUCAAGCCCUUCUAUUCUAGAUAUCUCUGGAGGUCAAGCAGAAUCCACAAUACCUUCAAACACCCAUCCUCCUAGAAAAGAGACUUCAAAAGUUCUUUCAACAAACAUCUCAAGCAGCAGUCUAGCCAUAAUAACUUCAAUAACUAAGAAUCACAUUUCUUCUGAUACACAAAAUACAACAUCAUUCAUUACACACGCUGGGGUACAGCCCAGUUUAUCUAUGUCUACACAUGGUACCUCUCCUAACAAAGCAGAAGCGUCAAGAUCACUAUUCACUAAGUUAGACACAGAAAGAUAUGCAGUGACUUCGAUUCUUCCUGCUUCUUCAGGUCAAGCAGAAACUAAGACACAAUGGGAGACUAAUUCUGAAGUGGAAGCUACUUCUGGGCUCUUAUCUACCACCAUUUCACAUACUGUUCCAGAAAUGAUGACCUCACCAACAGUUUAUCUUUCAAAACCAAAUACUACAGUUCCACUAGUUACUCAUGUUGUGGGGAAACCCACUUCAGCCAUGUCUCCUGUCCCUUUCUCUACAGGUAGAAAAGAAAGUACACAAUCGCUGGUCACUAGCUCUGUCACAGAAAACUACUCAGGGACUUCUACCGCAGAUAUGUCUUUAGAUAAAGCAGGAUCUACAACCACAUGGAACAACCAUUCAGGAAGAGAAAAUACUUCAUGGACUGUAUCUAUUAUGCCAACCAGUGAUCCAGAAAUGCAGACUUCUAUAACUAAGAAUCAAACCUCUUCUGAUACACUAAAUAUAACAUCAUUCAUUACCCAUGAUGUAGGACAGCACAGUUUAUCUGGGUCUACUCAGGGUGUCUCUCAAGGGAUAACAGAAGUAACACCAUCACAAUUUACUGACUUAAUUAAAGAAAGUUCUGCAAUGACUUCAACUCUUGAUGCUUCUUCAGGUCAAGAAGAAACUAAGACAUCAUGGGGCACUGAUUCUAAAGUAGAAGCUGCUUCUGGGCUCUCAUCUACCAUCAUUUCAUAUACUGUUCCAGAAAUGAUGACCACACCAACUGUUUUUCCUUUAGAAUCACAUACUACAGUUCCAUUAGUCACCCAUGUUGUAGGGAAACCCACUUCAGCGAUGUCUCUUUUCCCUUUCUCUCCAGGUAGAACAAAAAGUACACUAUCACUGUUCUCUAGCUCUGUCACAGAAAACUAUUCAGUGACAUCUACCCAGGAUAUAUCUAUAGGUCAAGCAGGAUCAAUAACUGAAUGGAGUACCCAUCCAGGAAAAGAAAAUACUUCAGGGACUGUAUCUACAAUGUCAACAAGUUCUCCAGAGAUGAAAACUUCUAAAACGAAGAAUCAAACGUCUUCUGAUACACAAAACAUAACAUCAUUCACUACCCAUGAUGGAAGACAGCCUAGUUUAUCUGGGUCUACUCAGGGUAUCUCUCCAGGGAUGACAGAAGUGACACCAUCACAAUUUACUUUCAUAAGUACAGAAAGCUCUACAAUGACUUCAACUCUUCAUGCUUCUUCAGGUCAAGAAGAAAAUAAGACACCAUGGGACAGUAAUUCUAAAGUGGAAGCUGCUCUCUUAUCUACCACCAUUUCAUAUACCAUUCCAAAAAUGAUGACUUCACCAAUGGUUACUCCUUCAGAACCAAAUAGUACAAUUCCACUAGUCACCGACCUUGUGGAGCAAGCCACUUCAUCUGUGUCUACCCUCCCUUUCUCUCCAGAUAGAACAGAAGGUAUUCCAUCACUGGUCACUAGCUCUGUGACAGAAAACUAUUCAGGGACUUCUACCCAGGAUAUAGAUCAAGCAGGAUAUACAACCACAUGGAGCACCUACCCAUUAAGAGAAAACACUUCAGGAACUCUAUCUACAAUAAUAUCAACCAGUUCUCCUGAGAUGAUAACUUCAAUAAAUAAGAGUCAAACUUCUGAUACAAAAACCAUAACAUCAUUCAUUACCCAUGCUGUAGAACAGUCCAGUUUAUCUGGGUCUCCUCAGGGUAUCUCUUCAGGGAUAACAGAAGUGACACCAUCACAAUUUACUGACUUAAGUACAGUAAUCUCUGCAAUGACUUCAACUCUUUAUGAUUCUUCAGGUCAAGUAGAAACUAAGACACCAUGGGGAACUAAGUCUGAAGUGGAAGCUGUUUCAGGGCUCUUAUCUACUAUCAUUUCAUAUACUGUUCCAGAAAUGAUGACCUUACCAAAAGUUACUCCUACAGAAUCACAUACUACAGUUCCAUUACUCACCCAUGUUUUGGAGCAAGUCACUUCAGACAUAUCUAAGCUCCCUUUCUCUCCAGAUAAAACAGGAAAUAUUCCAUCACUGGUCACUAGCUCUGUCACAGAAAACUAUUCAGUGACUUCUACCCAAGAUAUACCUAUAGACCAAGCAGAAUCUACAAACACAUGGAGCACCCACCCAGGAAGAGAAAACACUUCAGGGACAGUAUCUGCAAUAAUAUCAACCAGUGCUCCUGAGAUGAUAACUUCAAUAACUAAGAAUCAAAUUUCUUCUGAUACAAAGACCAUAACAUCAUUUAUUACCCAUACUGAAGGACAGCUCAGUUUAUCUGGGUCUACUCCGGGUAUCUCUCCAGGGAUAACAGAAGUGACACCAUCACAAUUUAUUGACUUAAGUAUAGAAAACUCUGGAAUGACUUCAACUCUUCAUGCAUAUUCAGGUCAAGAAGAAACUGAGACACCAUGGGACUCAAAUUCUGAAGUGGAAGCUGCUUCUGGGCUCUUCUCUACCACCAUUUCAUAUACUGUUCCAGAAAUGAUGAUCUCACCAACUGUUUUUCCAUCAGAAUCAUAUACUACAGUUACAUUAGACAGCGAUGUUGUGGGGAAACCCACUUCAGCCAUGUCUCUUGUCCCUUUCUCUCCAGGUACAAAAGAAAGAACACCACCACUGGUCACUAGCUCAAUCACAGAAAACUAUUCAGGGACUUCUGCCCAGGAUAUAUCUUUAGAUCAAGCAGGAUCUAAAACCACAUGGAACACCCAUCCAGGAAGAGAAAAUACUUUAGGGACUGUAUCUACAAUGUCAAUCAUUUCUCCAGAGAUUGUGACUUCUAUAACUAAGAAUCAAACCUCUUCUGAUACACAAAACAUAACAUCAUUCAUUGCCCAUGAUGGAGGACAGCCCAGUUUUUCUGGGUCUACUCAGGAUAUCUCUCCAGGGAUAACAGAAGCAGCACCAUCACAAUUUGCUGACUUAAGUACAGAAAGCUCUGCCAUGACUUCAACGUUUCAUGCUUAUUCAGUUCAAGCAGAAACAAAGAUACCAUGGGGCACUAAUUCUAAAGUGGAAGGUGCUUCUGGGCUCUUAUCUACCACCAUUUCAUAUUCUGUUCCAGAAAUGAUGACCUCACCAAAGGUUACUCCUUCAGAACCACACAGUACAGUUCCAUUAGUCACCCAUGUUGUGGAGCAAGACACUUCAGCCAUGACUACUCUCCCUUUCUCUCCAGAUAGAACAGAAAGUAUCCCAUCACUGGUUACUAACUCUGUCACAGAACACUAUUCAAUGACUUCUACCCAGGAUAUAUCAAUAGAUCAAGCAGGAUCUACAAACACAUGGAGCACCUACCCAGGAAGAGAAAACACUUCGGGGACUGUAUCUACAAUAAUAUCAACCAGUGCUCCUGAGAUGAUAACUUCAAUAACUAAGAGUCAAACUUCUUCUGAUACAAAGACCAUAACAUCAGUCAUUACCCAAGCUGGAGGACAGCCCAGUUUAUCUGAGUCUACUCAGGGUGUCUCUCCAGGGAUAACAGAAAUGACACCAUCAGGAUUUACUGCUUUAAAAACAGAAAGCUAUGCAGUAACUUCGACUCUUUCUGCUUCUUCAGGUCAAGCAGAAACUGAGACACCAUGGGACACUAAUUCUGAACUGGAAGCGGCUUCUGAGCUCUUAUCUACGACCAUUUCAUAUACUGUUCCAGAAAUGAUGACCUCGCAAACUGUUUUUCCUUCAAAACCACAUACUACAGUUGCAUUAGUCACCCAUGUUGUGGGGAAACCCACUUCAGCCCUGUCUCAGCUCCCUUUCUCUCCAGAUACAAAAGAAAGAACACCAUCACUGGUCACUACCUCAGUCACAGAAACAUAUUCAGGGACUUCUACCCAGGAUAUAUCUAUAGAUCAAGCAGGAUCUACAACCACAUGGAACACCCAUCCAGGAAGAGAAAAUAUUUCAGGGACUGUAUCUACAAUGUCAAUCAGUUCUCCAGAGGUGGUGACUUCUAUAACUAAGAAUCAAACCUCUUCUGAUACACAAAAAAUAACAUCAUUCAUUACCCAUGAUGGAGUACAGCCCACUGUAUCAGGGUCUACUCAGGGUUUUUCUCUAGGGAUAACAGAAGCAACACCAUCACAUUUUUCUGACUUAAGUACAGAAAGCUCUGCAAAGACUUCAACAUUUCAUGCUUCUUCAGGUCAAGCAGAUACUAAGAUACCAUGGGACACUAAUUCUAAAGUAGAAGCUGCUUCUGGGCUCUUAUCUACCACCAUUUCAUAUACUGUUCCAGAAAUGAUGACCUCACCAAAGGUUACUCCUUCAGAACCACAUAGUACUGUUCCAUUAGUCACCCAUGUUGUGGAGCAAGACACUUCCAUAUCUAUCCUCCCUUUCUCUCCAGAUAGAACAGAAAGUAUUCCAUCACUGGUCACUAGCUCUGUCACAGAACACUAUUCAGUGACUUCUACCCAGGAUAUAUCGAUAGAUCAAGCAGGAUCUACAAACACAUGGAGCACCCACCCAGGAAGAGAAAACACUUUGGGGACUGUAUCUACAAUAAUAUCAACCAGUGCUCCUGAGAUGAUACCAUCAAUAACUAAGAGUCAAACUUCUGAUACAAAGACCAUAACAUCAGUCAUUGUCCAAGCUGGAGGACAGCCCAGUUUAUCUGAGUCUACUCAGGGUUUCUCUCCAGGGAUAACAGAAAUGACACCAUCAGGAUUUACUGCUUUAAAAACAGAAAGCUAUGCAGUAACUUCGACUCUUUCUGCUUCUUCAGGUCAAGCAGAAAGUAAGACACCAUGGGACACUAAUUCUGAACUGGAAGUGACUUCUGAGCUCUUAUCUACGACCAUUUCAUAUAAUGUUCCAGAAAUGAUGACCUCGCAGACUGCUUUUCCUUCAGAACCACAUACUACAGUAGCAUUAGUCACCCAUGUUGUGGGAAAACCCACUUCAGCCCUGUCUCAGCUACCUUUCUCUCCAGAUACAAAACAAAAGACAGCAUCACUGGUCACUAGCUCAGUCACAGAAAACUACUCAGUGACUUCUACCCAGGAUGGAUCUAAAACCACAUGGAACGCCCAUCCAGGAAGAGAAAAUACUUCAGGGACUGCAUCUACAAUGUCAAUUAGUUCUCCAGAGGUGGUGACUUCUAUAACUAAGAAUCAAACCUCUUUUGAUAUACAAAAUAUAACAUCAUUCAUUACCCAUGAUGGAGGACAGCCCAGUGUAUCAGAGUCUACACAAGGUGUCUCUCUAGGGAUAACAGAAGUGACACCAUCACAAUUUACUGACAAAAGUACAGAAAGCUCUGCAAUGACUUCAACUCUUCAUGCUUCUUCAGGUCAAGCAGAAACUAAGACACCAUGGGGCACUAAUUCUAAAGUAGAAGCUGCUUCUGGGCUCUUAUCUACCACCAUUUCAUAUACUGUUCCAGAAAUGAUGACCUCACCAAAGGUUACUCCUUCAGAACCACAUAGUACUGUUCCAUUAGUCACCCAUGUUGUGGAGCAAGACACUUCCAUAUCUACCCUCCCUUUCUCUCCAGAUAGAACAGAAACUAUCCCAUCACUGGUCACAAGCUCUGACACAGAACACUAUUCAGUGACUUCUACCCAGGAUAUAUUGAUAGAUCAAGCAGGAUCUACAACCACAUGGAUCACCAAGCCAGGUAGAGGAAGCACUUCAGAGACUGUAUCUACAAUAACAUCAACCAGUGCUCCUGAGAUGAUAAAUUCAAUAACUAAGAAUGAAACUUCUGAUAUAAAGAAUAUAACAUCAUUCAUUACCCAAGCUGGAGGACAGUCCAGUUUAUCUGGGUCUACUCAGGGUGUCUCUCCAGGGGUAACAGAAGUGACACCAUCACAAUUUACUGACUUAAGUACAAAAAGCUCUGCAAUGGCAUCAACUCGUCAUGCUUCUUCAGGUCAAGCAGAAACUAAGAUACCAUGGGACACUAAUUCUAAAGUGGAAGCUGCUUCUGGGCUCUUCUCUACCACCAUUUCAUAUACCGUUCCAGAAAUGAUGACCUCACCAAUGGUUACUCCUUCAGAACCAAAUAGUACAGUUCCACUAGUCACUGACCUUGUGGAGCAAGCCACUUCAUCUGUGUCUACUCUCCCUUUCUCUCCAGACAGAACAGAAAGUAUUCCAUCACUGGUCACUAGCUCUAUGACAGAAAACUAUUCAGGGACUUCUACCCAGGAUAUAGAUCAAGCAGGAUAUACAACCACAUGGAGCACCUACCCAGGAAGAGAAAACACUUCAGGGACUCUAUCUACAAUAAUUUCAACCAGUUCUCCUGAGAUGAUGACUUCAAUAAGUAAGAGUCAAACUUCUGAUACAAAGACCAUAACAUCAUUCAUUACCCAUGCUGGAGAACAGUCCAGUUUACCUGGGUCUCCUCAGGGUGUCUCUUCAGGUAUAACAGAAGUGACACCAUCACCAUUUACUAACUUAAGUACAGUAAGGUCUGAAAUGACUUCAACUCUUCAUGAUUCUUCAGGUCAAGUAGAAUCUAAGACACCAUGGGGAACUAAGUCUGAAGUGGAAGCUGUUUCUGGGCUCUUAUCUACUAUCAUUUCAUAUACUGUUCCAGAAAUGAUGACCUUACCAAAGGUUACUCCUACAGAACUAUAUACUACAGUUCCAUUAGUCACACAUGUUGUGGACCAAGCUACUUCAACCAUGACUACUCUCCCUUUCUCUCCAGAUAGAACUGAAAAUAUUCCGUCACAGGUCCCUAGCUCUCUCACAGAAAACUAUUCAGUGACUUCUAUUCAGGACAUAUCUAUAGAUCAAGCAGGAUCUACAACCACAUGGAGCACCCACCCAAGAAUCGAAAUCACUUCAGAGAGUGUAUCUACAAUAAUGUCAACAAGUGCUCCAGAGUUGAUGACUUCAAUAACUAAGAGUCAAGCUUCUUCUGAUACACAGACCAUAACACCAUUCAUUACCCAUGCUGGUGGUCAGCCCAAUCUAUCUGUGUCUACUUUGGGCACUUCUUCCAGGAUAACAGAAGUGAUACCAUCACUACUCAGUGGCUUAGGCACAGAGAGCUAUGUUAUGACUUCUAGUCUACAUGCUUCUUUAGGUCAAGCAGAAACUAAUUCUGAAAUGGAAGCCACUUCUGGACCCUUAUCUACUACCAUUUCAUCUGGUGUUCCAGAUAUUAUCACCUCACCAACUGCUAUUGCUUCAAUACCACAUAGUUCAGUUUCAUUAGUCACCCAUUUUGUAGGACAACCCAAUUCAGCCAAGUCUACUCUGCCUGUCUCUCCAGGUAUAACAGCAAUUAUACCGUCACUGUUCACUAGUUCUGGCACAGAAAGCCCUUCAGUGACUUCUACACUAGAUAUUUCCAUAGAUGAAGCCCAAUUCUCAACCCCAUUGGGCACCAAUACUGGAAGAGAAAGCACUUCAGGCACUAUAUCUACAAUAAUUACAACCAGUGCUCCAGAGAUGAUUACCUCAAUAACUCAAAAAUAUUCUUCUUCUGAUUCACUGAUCAUGGAGUCUUUGAAUACCCAUGGCAGGGAACAUGACAGUUUAUUGCUCUCAAGUCCAAAUAACUUUUCAGAUAUAACAGGUGUGACACAAGAGCUAUUUACAACCUUGAGCGCUGAAAACAAUACAGUAGCUUCCAUUCUGUCUGUAUCCCCAGAUCAAGGGGUGACUAGUGCACCAUGGAUCAAAAAACCUGGAAAAGAAUCCCCUUCAGUUCUUCUACCUACCACCAUUUCCACUAGUGCUCCAGAAUUGCUGACCUCACAAACUGUUAUUCCUUCUGAAUCUCAUACCUUGGAUUCAUUAGUCACCCAUUUGGGGGCACAGCUUAGUUCAUCCACAUCUAAUCUAACUGUCUCUCCCAGUGUUACAGAAUUUAUAUCAUUACUGGAUACCAGCUCUGGCACUGAAAGUCAUUCAGUGACAUCAGUUUUGACUGUUUCCCCAAGUCCAUCGGUGACUACCACCCCAUGGGUCACUGAACCUGCUAGAGAAGGUACUUCAAAGAUUCUUUCUAUAAGCACCUCACCUACUGUUGUAGACACAACAACAUCAAAAUCUAAGAUUCAUACUUCUUCUGAAACACAGGCCAUAACAUCAGCAGUCACCCAUAGUGAGGGACAACCAAGUUUAUCUGUGUCUACUCAGGGUAUCUCUCCAAAUAAAGCAGAAGUAACACAAUCACUAUUUACUCACAUAGGCAUAGGAAACUAUUCGAUAGCUUCUACUCUGACUGCUUCUUUAGGUCAAACAGAGACAAGAGUUCCAUCAGUCGCCAAUCCUGAAACAGAAGCCACUUCAGGGAUUCUAUCUACCACUAUUUCAACUGUUUCAGAAAUGAUGACCUCAUCAACUCUUAGUGCUGGAACCACAGUUUCAUUAGUCUCUCAUGUUGGGGAAAAUUCUGGUUCAACCAUAUCUACUUUGCCUGCUUCUCCAGGGAGAACAGAAAUCAUACCAUCACUAGUCACUCACCCAGGCAUAACAAGCCAUUCAGUAACUUCAACUCUGGACAUUUCCCCAGGUCAAGCAGAAUCCACAUCUCCUUGGGUCACCUCCUCUGGGAAUGAAAUGUCUUCAGUGCUUUUUUCUCCAACCAUCUUACCUAGUGUUCCAGACAUAAUGACAUCAAAAUUUCUAAACCACACUUCUUUUGAUACACAGACUAUAACAUCUUUCAUCACCCAUGCUGAUGAACAGGCCAGUUUAUCGGCCUCUACUCAGGGUGUCUCCCCAAGUAUAGCAGAAGUAACAUCAUCACUAUUUACUGAGUUGGCCACAGAAAAAUCUGCAAUGCCAUCAACUCUGUCUGUUUCUUCAUUUCCACCUGGGAGUAGAACCCCAUCAGUCACCCAUCCUGAAACAGAAGUCACCUCAGGGGUUCUACCUACCAUCAUAUCAGCUACUGUUCCAGAUAUUAUGCUCAAACCAACUCUUAUUCCUUCAGCACCACAUACAAUAGUCUCAUUAGUCACCCAUGUUGGGGAACAGUCCAGUUCAACCAUGCCUACUCUGCCUGUCUCUCCUGGUAUUACAAAAAUUAUAUCACCACUAGUCACUCUUUCUGGCCCAGAAAGCCAUUCAGUGACUUCCAAUUUGGCUGUUUCUUCAGGUCAAUCAGAGACCCCAGCCAAAUGGAUCCAUACUAAGCAUGAAGGGACUUCAGGGAAUCUAUCUACAACCAUCUCAUCUCAUGUUCCAGACACUAUGACCUCAACAACUUUAAAUCAUAAUCUUUCUAAAUCACACACCAUAAAAUCAUUGUUCACACAUAUUGGUGACCAACCCAGCUUAAGCAUGACGACCACGGCAUUUUCCCCAAGUAUACCAAAAUUGACAACAUCACUGAGUACAAAAUUAGGCACAGAAAGCCGCUCUACCACUGUGGCUUUGUCUCCAAGUCUAUCAGAAACUACAAUCUCUUUGGUGACUCCUUCUCAAAAAGAAGCCACUUUAGCUGUUUUAACUACUACCAUUCCAUCGACUUUUCUAGACAUGAUGACCUCACCAUCUCUUCUUACUUCUGAACCACAUAUUGCUGUUUCACUGGCCACCCCUCUUAAGGGACAACCUAGUUCAUCUAUAUCUAUUCUGGAUGUUUCUCCUGGUGUAACAGAAAACAUACCAUUCCAAGUAACCAGUUCUAGCACAAAAAUCCAUUCAGCAUCUUCAACUCUGCAUGCUUCUCCAGGUCAACUAGAGAUCCCUGCCUCAAUGGUCACACCUCCUGAAAGAGAAGACACCUCAAAUAUUCUAAGUACAGACAUCUCACUAAGUGUUCCAGACUUGAUGACCUCAACAACUUAUAUUCCUUCUGAACCACAUACCACAAUAUCAUUGGCCACUUAUGUUGGGGGACAAUCCAGUCCAAGUAUUUCUAGUUUGACUAACUUUCCUGCUAUAAAAGAUAUAAUGGCACCACCAGCCAUUACCUCUCAGAUAGAAACAGAUAAAACUGCUCCAACUCUAUCGGUUCCUACAGAUCAAAGACGGACCACAGCCUUGUGGGUCACCCAUUCUGGAAAAGAAGUCAUGUCUACAGUUUCCAGUCCAUCUACUUUACCUGGUAAUGCAGAAAGAACUGAAACAUGGUUCAUUCUUUCUGCCAAUACCAGCACCCCACACCCCACAACAACUUCCACAUUUUCUUAUAAUGACAUUGUUUCCUCAGCAUCUGACAUAGGGACCAGUUCAGCCACAACUUUUUCAUCUGGUGCUUCUGAAGAAGAAGCCUCUCUCUCUGUCCACACUAGGACUGAGACAAGCACAUCCAGUCUAACUGUAACCUCUUCAUCUAUUUUACCAGGAACCACAGGCUUACAGCCUUCCAGCCCUUCCACAGAGCACACUCAGACUGUGUCCUCUGCUCUCCCUGGGUUUUCUGAUCAUCUUACAACUAGUAAAUUUAGUACUGCAACUUCCCAGAUUACAGAAACUUCACCAUCUCCCAGUACAAUUAGACUUUCAAAUUUUGUCAGUCAUGUCAUAAGCCCCACAAUGACCUUGUUACCAUCAGAGUCUUCAACGCAUACACCCACUGACCUUGAAACUACAAGUGAAACCACAAGUUCAGCUACCACAAGGUCAAGACCAACUGGGGAUAAGACUACAACUACACAACUUGGAAGUUCUUCUGUCCUGACAACACGUGAAAUGUCCACAUGGUCCCCUGAGAAUAUGACUUCAAGGCCAACUGCAAGCCCCUCUCUGGUAACCUUCACCCUCAAUUUUACUAUAACAAACCUGCAACAUGCAGAGAGCAUGGGAUUUCAAGGAUCUGAAAUAUUCAACAGCACUGAGAGGAUCUUGAAUAGCCUGCUCAAGCCCAUGUUCAAGAAUAGCAGUAUUGGACAUCUUUAUUCUGGCUGCAGAUUGAUCUCACUGAGGCCUGAGAAAGAUGGAACAGCCACCGGAGUAGAUGCUGUUUGCACUCUCCAUUCUGAUUCCUUGGGCCUUCAGCUGGACAGAGAGAAGAUGUACUGGGAAGUGAGCCAAAGCACUCAAGGUGUCACCAAGCUAGGAUCCUUCACUUUAGAAAAGGACAGUCUGUACAUCAAUGGUUUUACAUAUACAAGAACCUCUGUGUCUACUUUCAACACUCCGGUGACUUCCUCUCUGUUUUUCACUGAGACCUCCACUGCAAAACAGAUCCUCUCUACAGUGCCAAGCUUUCCUCUGGUGCCUUUCACCAUCAACUUCACCAUCACUAACCUUGAAUAUGAGAAGGGCAUGAGUCAUCCUGGAUCCUGGAAAUUCAAUGUUACUGAGAGAAUCCUCCAAAGACUGCUUUGGCCUUUGUUCAAUAAAACCAGUAUCAGCCUCCUUUAUUCUGACUGCAGACUGGCAUUGCUCAGGCCUGAGAAAGAUGGAGCAUCCACAGGAGUAGAUGUCAUCUGUACUCACCAUGCAGACCCAAUGGGACCUGGGCUGGACAAUGAGCGGGUGUUCUGGGAAUUGAGCAACCUGACCAACAAUGUCACUCAACUGGGUCCUUACAACUUAGACAAGAACAGCCUUUACAUCAAUGGUUAUACACAUGAGAUCCAGUCCAUUACAUCUCCAACUAUAAGCCCCUCUCUGGUACCCUUCACCCUCAAUUUCACUAUAAGAAACCUGCACCAUAUAGAGGUCAUGGGAUAUCAAGGAUCAGAAAUAUUCAACAGUACAGAGAGGAUCUUGAAUAGCCUGCUCAAGCCCAUAUUCAAGAAUAGCAGUAUUGGACACCUUUAUUCUGGCUGCAGAUUGGUCUCGCUGAGGCCUGAGAAAGGUGGAACAGCCACCGGAGUAGAUGCUGUUUGCACUCUCCGUUCUGAUUCCUUGGGCCUUCAGCUGGACAGAGAGAAGAUGUACUGGGAACUGAGCCAUAGCACCCAGGGUGUCACCAAGCUAGGAUCCUUCACUUUAGAAAAGGACAGUCUGUACAUCAAUGGUUUUACAUAUACAAGAACUUCUGCUUCCACUUUCAACACUCCGGUGACUUCCUCUCUGUUUUUCACUGAGACCUCCACUGCAAAACCUAUUCUCUCUACAGUGACAGUCUCUAUUCUGGUGCCUUUCACCAUCAACUUCACCAUCAUCAACCUCAAAUAUGAGGAGGGUAUGAAUCAACCUGGAUCUUGGAAGUUCAACAUUACUGAGAGAAUCCUACAAAGACUGCUUAGGCCUUUGUUCAAUAAGACCAGUAUCAGCCUCCAGUAUUAUGACUGCAGACUGGCAUUGCUCAGGCCUGAGAAAGAUGGAGCAUCCACAGGAGUAGAUGUCAUCUGUACUCACCAUGCAGACCCAAUGGGACCUGGGAUGGACAACGAGCGGGUGUUCUGGGAAGUGAGCAACCUGACCAACAAUGUCACUCAGCUGGGUCCUUACACCUUAGAUAAGAACAGUCUUUACAUCAAUGGUUAUACACACCAGAUCCAGUCCAUCACAUCUCCAACAGCACGGCCUAUCCUGGAGCAUUUUACUAUGAACUUCACCAUCACUAAUUUGAAGUUUGAGGAGGAUAUGAGUCACCCUGGAUCCAGAAAGUUCAAUUUUACUGAAAGAACCCUGCAGAGCCUGCUGAGGAUGUUGUUCAAAAAAUCGAGUGUCGGAGUCCUGUAUUCUGGCUGCAGACUAUCCUUGCUCAGACCUGAAAAUGAUGGUGCAGGCACAGGAGUGGACGCUGUCUGCACUCACUACCCUGAUCCCACUGGCCAUGGACUGGACAAAAAGACUGUGUAUUGGGAUAUCAGCAGGCUGACCUAUGGUGUCAACAGAUUAGGCCCUUACACUCUAGAUGAGAAAAGUCUCUAUGUUGAUGGUUACACGCAUCAGACUGUGGCUACCACCAGUCAGAUGGCUAUGGUAACCAUUGCUUCUAUGGGGACAAUAAGCAACUCGCCCAGUCCUACAGGUUCUAUGCUGGUGCCACUGACCAUCAACUUCACUGUCACUAAUCUGGAGUAUGUGGAGGCUAUGCGUCACCCUGGAUCCAGAAAGUUCAACAUGACUGAGAGAAUCUUUCAGAAACUGCUCAGAGCACUAUUCAGUAAAACCAGUAUUGGCCCACUAUACUCUGGAUGCAGACUGAUCUUACUCAGGCUUGAACACAAUGGGACAGCCACAGGAGUAGAUGCCAUCUGCACCUACCACCCCAACAUUUCUAAUAAAGGGCUAGACAGAGAGCGUUUAUACUUGGAGCUGAAAAGACUAAUCGUCAUGAAGCUAGGGCCCUACAUCCUGGACCAAAACAGUCUCUAUGUCAAUGGUUAUACACAGCAGAUUCUGGUUACCACCCAUAGUCCUUCCGUGAUGGCCACUGUUUCUGAAGGAAUGCCAAACAUUUCUUCUACCCCAACAGCCACCAGCCCUGUCCUGGUACAUUUCACCAUCAACUUUACCAUCACUAACCUGGAGUUUGAGAAAGAUAUGGGUCACCCUGGAUCCAGGAAGUUCAAUAUCACUGAGAGAACCCUACAAAGCCUGCUCAGGCCCUUGUUCAACAAAACCAGUUUUGGUCAAUUGUAUUCAGGCUGCAGGCUAACCUUGCUCAGGCCAGAGAAAAAUAGGACAGCCACAGGGGUGGAUGCUACUUGUACCUACCACCUAGACCCUGCUGGCCACAGGCUGGAAAGUGAACAGAUAUAUGAGGAGCUGAGCCAUCUGACCCAGAGUGUCACCCAGAUUGGCCCCUAUACCCUGGACCAGAACAGUCUCUAUGUCAACAGUUACACAAACCAGAUGCUGGCUACUACCCCCAGAGCCCUGAGCUCUGCUCUACUAAGGUAUACUCUUAACUUCACCAUCACUAACCUACCCUACAUGAAUGACAUGUGGGUCCCAGGAUCGGCCAAGUUUAAUAAAGUGGAGAAAAUCCUGAAUCUUCUGCUCAAACCCUUGUUCCAAAAUACCAGUGUUGGCCUACUGUAUUCUAGUUGCAGACUGACUUCACUCAGGCCAAAGAAAGGUGGAAACGCUACCAGAGUAGACAUGGUCUGUACUUACCACCCAAAUACCACAGGCACUGGUCUGGAUAGAGAGAAAUUAUACUUGGAACUAGAACAGUUCACCCACAACACUACUCAACUGGGUCCCUAUACCCUGGACCAGAAUAGUCUCUAUGUCCAUGGUUACACACACCAGAUAGCAGUAACCAGCCCAAGCAAAUUGUCCUCAGAGUUAUUUACCUUAAACUUCACCAUCACCAACCUACAGUACACAGAGACCAUGCAGCCUGCGGGAUCCAAGAGAUUUAACACCAUAGACAAGAUCCUGCAAGGCCUGCUUUGGCCCUUGUUUAAGAAUACCAGUAUAGGCCCGUUGUUCACUGGCUGCAGACUGACUUUCCUGAGUUCCACGAAGGAUGGAAAAGCCACUAAAGUAGACACAAAUUGCACUUAUUACCAUGAUCGAAUGGGUCCUGGGCUGGUCACAGAGCAACUGUACUUGGAGCUGAGCAAGCUGACCCAUGGUAUCAUUCAACUGGGCCCCUACACUCUGGAUCAGAACAGUCUCUAUGUUAAUGGUUACACACAUUCAGCCUCAAGUAUAUUCCUUAAUGAAACCAUGGCUACCACCUCCUUCCCAGCUUCCCCUCUGACUCCCUCCUCUACAAACAAUUCCACAGGCAAUGGUAUUGUCAUGGUACCCAUCACUCUCAACUUCACCAUAACCAACUUGCACUAUACAGAGGAGAUGGGACAUACAGGUUCUUUGAAGUUCAACUCUACUAAGGGGAUCUUAUAUUAUUGGCUUGGUACCCUGCUCAAUAAGACCAGCAUUGCCCCACUCUACUCUGGAUGCAGACUGAUUUCACUCAGGUCUGACAAUCAUAGAGCAGCCACGGAAGUUGACAUCAUCUGUAACUUCCACUCUUACUCCAUGAGUCCUGAAGUAAACCAAGAUCAGCUAUUUUGGGAGUUGAGCCAUGGAACUCAUGGCAUCACCCGUCUGGGCCCCUACAGCCUGGACCAGAACAGUCUCUACAUAAAUGGUUAUAGUUUUGGAGCUGCAGCACUAAAUACCACCACUGGGGAACUCAGUGAGGAGUUGUUCACAGUAAACUUCACCAUCAGCAACCUGCGCUAUUCAGUGGAUAUGAGCCAGAUUGGCUCCCCCAAAUUCAAUAUCACAGAUACACUCAUGCAGCACCUGCUCAGCCCUUUGUUUCAGAGGAGCAGUCUUGGCCCCCUAUAUACAGGCUGUAGAGUGACAACGCUAAGGUCAGUGAAGAAUGGGGCCCAGACGCAGGUAGAUGUCCUUUGCACUUACCGUCGGGUUUUUAACAGUCAGGGACUGCCAGCCAAGUCAAUUUUCUAUGACCUAAGCUGGCAGACUCAUGGAAUCACCAAGUUGGGUCCUUACUCCUUGGAUAAAGACAGCCUUUUCAUCAAUGGAUACAAUGAACCUGGUCCAGAUGUACCUCCUACAACUCCAGAGCCUGCUACCACCAUCUUGCCCUCCCCAACAACAUCUCUGCAGCCAGAUUCCAACACAGUUACUUGGCACAACCUGGAAACCUUCACAAUCAACUUCACCAUCUCCAACCUUCCAUAUUCAGUAGAUAUGAUCAGUGGCUCAGCCAUGUUCAACUCCACUGAGAAUGUCCUACAGCACCUGCUUGGACCCUUGUUCCAAAAUGACUCCUUCAACUCAAGUUGCAGACUGACAUCCCUCAGGCCUGAGAAGAAUGGAGCAUUCACAGGUGUGGUUACCACCUGCACCUACCAGCAUGACCCUGCACUUCCUGGAAUGGACAUACAAGGUCUGUACUCAGAACUGAGCCAUCUGAGCCAUGGAGUCACCCAGCUGGGAAACUACACACUGGAGGAACAUAGCCUCUAUGUGAAUGGUUAUCACAUUCUUGGUCCAGACAUACUUACUACAACUCCUGAGCCAAGCACCACAAUCCUGCCUUUUACAUUGACAUCUCUGCAGCCAGAAUCCACUACAGCUAGAAGACACCUUCUGAAGACCUUCACAAUCAACUUUACCAUCUCUAACCUUCCAUAUUCAGCAGAUAUGAACCAUAGCUCAGCUAUGUUCAACUCUACUGAGAGUGUUCUACAGCACCUGCUUAGACCCUUAUUCAAGAAUAUCUCCUUCAACUCAAGCUGCAGACUAACCUCCCUAAGGCCUGAGAAGACUCAAAAUUCAACUAAUGUGAAUGUAAUUUGCUCCUACCAACAUGACUCUGCACAUCCUGGGCUGCACAUACAGGAGCUGUAUUCAGAGCUGAGCCAUCUGACCCAGGGAUUCACUCAACUGGGCAACUAUACAGUGGACAAAGAUAGUCUCUAUGUGAAUGGUUACAAUCAAACUGGUACAGAAGAACCCACCACAAAUCCUGAAACAGCCUCUACAAUGCUGCCUUCUCCAUCAAUACUUGUGCAAACAGAAUCCACCACAGCUGUGGGGUACCACUUGAAGACUGUCACAGUCAGCUUCACUAUUUCUAAUCUUCCAUAUUCAGCACAUAUGAAUAAUGACUCAGCUAUGUUCAACUCCACUGAGACUAUUCUGAAGCACCUGCUUGAACCCUUGCUCCAUAAUACUUCUUUCAACUCCAGUUGCAGACUGGAUUCCCUCAGUCCUGAAAAAAAUGGAACAGCUACUACUGUAGAAGUCAUCUGCACCUACUACCAUGAUGCUGCAAAUUCUGGGAUUGACACCCAGGGACUCUACUCAGAACUGAGUCACCUUACUUAUGGAAUCACACAGCUAGGCAACUAUACACUGGACAAAGACAGUCUACAUGUCAAUGGUUAUAAAGGACCCCAUCCAGAAGAACCUCCUACAACUCCUGAACCAGCCGCCACUACGCAACCUUCUCUGUCCACAUCUUUGCAGCCAAAACCUACCACAGACUGGAACCAUCUCAAGAUUCUUACAAUCAACUUCACCAUAUCCAAUCUUCCAUAUUCAUCAAAUAUGAGCAACGGAUCAGCUAUGUUUAGCUCAACUGAAAGUGUCGUGCAGAACCUGCUUGGUCACUUGUUCCAGAAUGGCUCCUUCAAUUCAAGUUGCAGACUGGAUUCCCUUAGGUCUAGGAAGAAUGGAACAGCCACAGGUGUGGAUGUCAUCUGCACUUACCACCAUGACUCUGCACAUCCUGAGAUGGACAUCCAAGGGCUGUACUUAGCCAUUAAUAAUCUAACUCAUGGAAUCACCCAGCUGGGCAACUACUCACUGGACAAGGAUAGUCUAUAUAUCAAUGCUCCUGAGCCAAGCACCACAAUCCUGCCUUUUACAUUGACAUCUCUGCAGCCAGAAUCCACUACAGCUAGAAGACACCUUCUGAACACCUUCACAAUCAACUUUACCAUCUCUAAUCUUCCAUAUUCAGCAGAUAUAAACCAUAGCUCAGCUAUGUUCAACUCUACUGAGAGUGUUCUACAGCACCUGCUUAGACCCUUAUUCAAGAAUAUCUCCUUCAACUCAAGCUGCAGAUUAACCUCCCUAAGACCUGAGAAGACUCAAAAUUCAACUAAUGUGAAUGUAAUUUGCUCCUACCAACAUGACUCUGCACAUCCUGGGAUACACAUACAGGAGCUGUAUUUAGAGCUGAGCCAUCUGACCCAGGGAUUCACUCAACUGGGCAACUAUACAUUGGACAAAGAUAGUGUCUACGUGAAUGGUUACAAUGAAACUGGUACAGAAGAACCCACCACAAAUCCUGAAACAGCCUCUACAAUGCUGCCUUCUCCAUCAAUACUUGUGCAAACAGAAUCCAUCACAGCUGUGGGGUACCACUUGAAGACUGUCACAGUCAGCUUCACUAUUUCUAAUCUUCCAUAUUCAGCACAUAUGAAUAAUGACUCAGCUAUGUUCAACUCCACUGAGACUAUUCUGAAGCACCUGCUUGAACCCUUGCUCCAUAAUACUUCUUUCAACUCCAGUUGCAGACUGGAUUCCCUCAGUCCUGAAAAAAAUGGAACAGCUACUACUGUAGAAGCCAUCUGCACCUACUACCAUGAUGCUGCAAAUUCUGGGAUUGACACCCAGGGACUCUACUCAGAACUGAGUCACCUUACUUAUGGAAUCACACACCUAGGCAACUAUACACUGGAUAAAGAAAGUCUACAUGUCAAUGGUUAUAAAGAACCCCAUCCAGAAGAACCUCCUACAACUCCUGAACCAGCCGCCACUACGCAACCUUCUCUGUCUACAUCUUUGCAGCCAAAACCUACCACAGACUGGAACCAUCUCAAGAUUCUUACAAUCAACUUCACCAUAUCCAAUCUUCCAUAUUCAUCAAAUAUGAGCAACGGAUCAGCUAUGUUUAGCUCAACUGAAAGUGUCGUGCAGAACCUGCUUGGUCACUUAUUCCAGAAUGGCUCCUUCAAUUCAAGUUGCAGACUGGAUUCCCUUAGGUCUAGGAAGAAUGGAACAGCCACAGGUGUGGAUGUCAUCUGCACCUACCACCAUGACUCUGCACAUCCUGAGAUGGACAUCCAAGGGCUGUACUUAGAGGUUAAUAAUCUAACUCAUGGAAUCACCCAGAUUGGCAACUACUCACUGGACAAGGAUAGUCUAUAUAUCAAUGGUUAUAAUGAACAUGGAGUAGAAGAACUUUAUACAGAUAAUAAUCUUUCCUCAGCUCCAGUGUCACCUACCACUAUCCUGCCUUCUUCAUCAACAUUUAUGAAGGAAGAACCCACAAUGGCUAUAAGGCAUUUGAAGACUUUCACACUCAAUUUCACAAUCUCCAACCUCCCAUACUCAGCAGACAUGAGUACUGGCUCAGCCACAUUCAAUUCCACUGAAAGGAUCCUACAGCACCUGAUUAGACCCUUGGUCCAGAAUGAAUCCCUCUAUUCAGAUUGCAGACUGACUUCCCUCAGGCCUAAGAAGAAUGGAACAGCCACUGGGGUGAAUGCUAUCUGCUCCUACCACCAUAACCCUGAACAUCCUAAUCUUGACAAUCAGGAGCUAUAUAUAAAGCUGACCCAGCUGACUCAAGGAGUCUCCCAGUUGGGCAGCUACACGUUGGACCAGAAUAGUCUCUAUGUCAAUGGUUAUACUCACCAGACUACAGAAACUACCUCUAGUGGCUAUGUGUCCCUGAAUGUAACCAUACAGGGCAAGUACCAGCUAAACUUCUGCAUCAUCAACUGGAACCUUAACAACACAGACCCAGCAUCUUCAGAAUAUAUCACCCUAGAGAGGGACAUCGAAGAUAAGGUCACCACACUCUACACAGGCAGUGAGCUAAAAGAAGUAUUCCAGUCUUGCCUGGUCACCAACAUGACGUCAGGCUCCACAGUGGUCACUAUUGAGGCAUUGUUUUCCUCUUAUCUGGACCCCAACCUUGUGAAGCAAGUCUUCUUGAAUAAGACACUGAAUGCGUCCUCCCACUGGCUGGGUGCCACCUACCAGUUGACAGAUCUGCGUGUGAUAGACAUGAAGACAUCCAUUCUUCUGCCAGCAGAAAUACCAACAACCAGUUCCAGUUUUCAGCAUUUUAACCUGAACUUCACCAUCACCAACCUACCCUAUUCCGAAGAUAUAGCCCAGCAAGGCACUACCAAACACCAGCAAAACAAAAGAAGUAUUGAAUAUGCGCUCAAUCAGCUUUUCAGAAACAGCAGCAUCAAGAGUUAUUUUUCUGACUGUCAAGUUUUAGCCUUCAGGUCUGUCUCCAACCACAAUCACACAGGGGUAUAUUCCCUAUGUAACUUCUCACCUUUGGCUCGGCGAGUAGACAAAGUUGCUAUCUAUGAGGAAUUCCUUCGAAUGACACAAAAUGGUACCCAGUUGCUGAACUUCACACUGGACAGGAAGAGUGUCUCUGUGGAUGGGUAUUCUCAAAACAGAGAUGAUGAUGUGAUGAAGAAUUCUGGUCUUCCUUUCUGGGCUAUCAUUCUCAUCUGCUUGAUGGUACUACUGGUGCUCAUCACAUGCCUGAUGUGCUGUUUCCUGGUGACUGUCUGCAGGAGAAAAAAGGAGGGAGACUACCAAGUUCAACGUCAUCGCCUAGCUUAUUAUUUGUCUCACCUUGACCUGAGAAAGCUACAGUGACUCUACCUUCCAGUGAUGCCUCUUCCCUAGCAGGGUUCAAGGAAUAAACCACAUUAGUCAGACUCAGCAUCUUUGACUUUCUUGACUUGAUCCAUGAGCAUGUCCCUGGGGACUAAGUGAGCAUCCUCCUCCUUGGUUAAGCUCUGAAAGAGAGUGUCCAUUAUAGUCUGUAGCCUCAUAGUAUGUAAUUCUUCAGAGACAGCAGAAGGUGUGAAACUGGUUGUAUUAGUUACUUUUCUUGCUGCUAAAGCAAAAUAUGUCACCACAGCUACUUAAACGGUUAAUUUGGCUUACAGUUCCAGGGGGACACAGUCUUUUUAUGGUAGGGAAAAAGGUUGCUGGCUGGAGCAGGAACCAAAUUGGUCAUAUUACAUAGGUAGAAACAGAAUAGGAAGUGGGAAAAGCCUACAAUACCUCAAAUCACAUCAGUCUAUUAACCUCUUCUUCCAGCAGCUCCAUUUCCUAAAAUUCUCACAACCAAUUUGAAUCUUAUCAACAUAUAAAGAGACCAAAGUAUUAAUUAUGUGAAACCAUAGGGAGCAAUUUUCAUUCAAACCAUAGCAUCAGCAUAUAUAUUGUCUUGAUGUAAAAUGAACACACCGCUUCAAUGUGGUGUGUCUUUUCUUAGUCACUUACCAUAUGGCUUCUGUUCACUUCAGUGUCAGCCAUCACACUACCAAUAUGUGCUUCUCCAACUCCCCCAACCCAUGAAGCCCUACCCAUCUCAGAUUUCUCUUACAUGUAUAUUCUCUGAGUCUAUCUUCUGCAGGACUUCAACACAAAUCCUCUUGGGUUGUUACCCUCUUCCCCUUGUGGGAUCCAUGGAUUAUCCAAGAGAGGAAGUAAAUGAAAUGAAUGAGUAGGUCAGAAAUGACUCCACAGUCAGAUUCAGAACUUGGGAACUGAAUUCUUUAUGGAAGUCUGAUUCCCUGAGUAAUGUCACAGUUUUCUAAAGAUUGUAUAUGGUUUGAAUGGGAGGGAUCAAUAAAAUAUUGGGGAAGAUAAUGAUGGAAAGAAGCCAGUGAUUUGUUUAUCUUCUUACACUGUGAACACAAGUGAACAGUAUAGACUAGUUACACACAUAUCCUGCUUUGGAUCUAACAGAACCCAUUAAUGACAUGUGCACAUUUUUAAAAUUUUAAAAACAUAUAUAUUUGUUUAUGUGGCUGUUUAUCUAUGUGUUAUAUCACUUCCAUGCAGGUGCCUGCAGAGGCCUGAAAAACAUAUCAGAUGCCCCAGAAAUGAUGGUUGUGUUGGGAGCUAUGAGAUGUAGAUGGUCGAAAUAGAACUUGGGUCAUCAGGGAGUCAUAUGUGCUCUUAAGAUGACUUCUCCACAUUUUAAAAAUCUUAAGUGAUUAUAAACAAUGGCUAAUAAUCAAAUUGACAGUAAUACCACCAUUGUAAACUUUCUUUACAUGUCAGUCUACUUAAGCAGUUUUUCUUUGACAGUAAAUACAAGA